GCAGCUAUCAAUUAAUAAAAAUAGCACCUAAUAUACGAAAAAAAAAUCAAAAAGUAUAUUAACAAAAUAUUGAAAACCUAUAUAAGAUACCAAGAUGUGUGACAACCCUCCCCAACGUCAAAAGAUACCCAAAGAUGGACUCGGCCCAAGGGGCGCUCCAGACUGUUACUAUACGUCUCGAGUAUUAAACUCAACAUUCAGGUACGUGAAAUUCGUUCGCAAGCUAAGAGCCGAAGAAGAGGAUCAGAGGAAAGGUGCUGAAAAUAAGCUAAAGGAGUUAAAAGAUCUACAGAACAGUGACUUCUUUAUACGCAACGACCGACGAUCGCUCAUAAACAACGUAGCUCGGCGAGUUGACUUAUGCAUGGCUUCUUAUCAAGAAGAUCUCAAUCAGAAACGAAAAAGAUUAAUAGAUCUCUACGCACAUGAAGAGGAAGACAAUAUUCGCCAGUUCGUGAUACAAGCUCAAGCGGGGGCCGAACAAAUCUGGCAGCAAAAGAUGAAUCGAUUACAAUACCUGCUAGAUAAACGGAAGAAAGAACAAGAGGAAAAGUACAAGGACACGCCGCUGUCGAAAUGCGUCCAUGUUUUACCUUGUAUAUACAAAUUACGAGCGAAAGAGGCACAGGAAAUUCAACUGUACCAGAUAAAAGAGAAGCAAGCAAGAAAAAUGGCGGAGUUAGAAUUUGAUAAGAUGUGGCAUGAAGUAGCUUUGAAGGAGUCCGAAGCUUUGGCAGCUCGUAUGGAACAAGAUUCGAUAGAGAGAUUACGUCGAGAUUUAGAAUGCAAGCAAUACACCGACUACCAGUUGGAACAGAGACGAAUACAGAGGGAGAAAGAACGGGAGAUGCUGAAAGAAGAAGCGAAAAGAUUUAAGGCUUUAUGGGAUGAAGAUAUUAGGAAAGAACAAGAAGCUGAAAGACAACGUGCUGAGAAACGAAAGGAAACUGCGAUAGAACGUAAGCAAAUGAUUGAAGAGAGGCGAGAGAAGCUCGCCCAGCAAAAGGCUAAAGCCAAGUUGAUAGCUGACACGUGGGACUCGCUCGCCGGACAAGGCUUAGCAGACGAAUUUGCUGAGAUUGAACUAAGGAGAACAAAAGAGAGAGAAUUGGAUGAAUGCAACAAAAAGAUGAUAAUGCUGAAAAAACAAUAUGAAGACUUAGAAAAAUCAAUUGAAGCACCUCUUGCUGAAGAAGCGAUGAAAAUACAAGAAUAUGUGGACCAGAAACGCUGUGAAUAUCUUGCUUGGGCACAGAAAACAAAUAAAGAAGUCCGACAAGCAAUGGUGGAUCAAAUCAAAGAGCGGCAACAGGCUAAAGAGGUUCUAAAACAGAAGAUAGCUGAAGAGAACGAGUACCAUAGACAACUGUUUGAACAACUGAAACAAUUGGUCGACCAUAAGCAACUCACUGAUGCACAGAGUAGAAAACAACAUCAGAAAGAAGUUCUAGAACAGAUUGAAUAUAACAAACUAUUAAAGGAACGAGCUCGUCAAGAAGAAUUGGAUCAAAUAAAGAAAUGCCAGAUCGCGACUGAAGAAUACCAACAAGAAAUAAAUAAAAUGUUAUGCAGACCUUUCUUCAGCGAUGAAGUACAUCCAUUCAUGAAACAAAUGGCAAAGGGACUUAAAAUGAAAGAUAAAUGCCCCUGUUCACGGCCUGAUUAUUGUAAAUAA